AUGGCUACCAAUAGAAUUCCAAUAUCGGAGAGGAUGCAGAACAAGAUCUUUAAAGACAAGUUUCCUGGUGAGUAAGUUUUUAAUAGUAAACCAGUUUAUUUCUACGCAAUAUAAUAUUACUGUCCCAAUUAUACUUCUUGGUUGCACUUUGUAAUAACCAAACGCCAUGUAAUGUUUAUGUAAUGCCAUAUAACAUUCAAAUCACAAUUCACCAGUGUAUAGAAAAUGUUAUAAUACAUUGUACAUGCAUGUAUACGUAUAUUUUUAAACAACACGUUGUCGAGAGCUUAGUAGGGUACAGUUUAUGACAAUUACUCAGAUUAAAUUGGACUUAGAAUAGGCGCGCACAAGUACAGUAUAUAGCUGUACUACAGAAUUUGCUUCAAGUGUUAAUUAGCUCUUUGCCUGCGACGUUUACUAGUACCUAAGUAACUGCUAUUUCAUGCAUUCUCCCAAGGUAGACCUACACAAUUUGACGAAUUUCCCAUAGUCAGAACACAAACCUUGUUAAUACUAAUGGACAGUUUAUUUUGGGUUCACAAAAAAUAGCUGUUUCUGUAAAGAUUUAUUAUUAAUUAAUAUAUCCACGGUUAUUUUUACUACAGUAUGAUAAACUACUUAUUUUGGACAAUAUUCGUGAAGAUGUUGAUAUGUAAUUAAAGCAUACAUAUUCUGUUUGGUUUGUGAACACCUUGGCUUUGUAUGUCAUGCCACUGAAUAUUAUAUCAGUCCCCAUAUCACUGGUUAUUUUUAUUUAUAGAACAGGAUUUUGGCUAUCAUGCUAAAAAUUACGAGUGUUAAAUGUCUAACUAAGAACCAUCUCAAUUGUACCAAAUGGAAAUACAAUUUUGGCAUUGUAGUUUUUACACUGAUCAAAAUUUUGGGUUUGCCAUGCAUCGCCAGUGGCAAAAGGGCUGGUCUUCCUGUCUCCUGUCUUUCUAAUUAAUAGAGGUCCAGCUGUUUUUACACGCACUUAUCACUUGUAAUUAAUAGGUUCUCGAAGUAAAAGCGAAGCGUGCUACAUAGUGUAUUAUCCAGUGGAAAUGCGUCAUUCCUUGGUAGAAGGGAAAAAUAUUGUAAGCCCAGAAUAUCAUGUUAUAAGGGACAAUGUUACUGUGAGAGAUAGCAAAGGUGAUACGUUUCAAGGAAAAGUUGUCUUUGUGGGUAAGUAUAUAAUAUUCAAAAACUCAUUAAUAAUUCAUGAGGAAAACACAAAGAGAAAUCAUAAGUGCGGCGUGUCUUUAUAUGUGAUAAAACACGCUUCAAAUUUCAACUUGUAUUUUCUCCGCUAAUACAAAGUUAUUUUGGAAAAUUAUUUCGCCAAUGCCGUGAUCUAACUGAGACGUUUUUGAAGCUGUUUAAUAAACUUGUAGUUCGUGUUUUAUCACAUAUAAAACACUCCGCUACGCGUCGUGUUUUAUAUGUGAUAAAACACUCCUACUCGUUUAUUAAACAUUACGUAAAGUAGCAAACGCUGCUCAGUUCUAGCCAUUUUAUCAGCAAAUGAGCAAACCUGCAAUCUUUCCAUAUAUCACCCGGUAUUUUUGCAUGGGUAAAGCAACUCAGACGAAUCAUCUUUUCGACUUUAAGGUGGCUCGCUACAGUUUAUAGAAAUGUUGAAAAUGCGUAAACUAGAUCACCUUUUUGAAGAGAUGAUGCAGUUUACAAAUCGAAAUUUGUAUAUUAUAUAUACAGCGACAAUCAAACAGUCGAAAAUUGGUCAGAAAAGUGACGUCACCACUGUUGCUAUGGCAACAAUGACGAUUCAAGAUGGCCUAUAUUUUGGCUUUGAACGCAUUUUACUUUAAAAAAAGGUCGGUUGCCCCCAUUUUUUAUUUCAGAAAACAUUUUCUUAUAGUGAAAUGCACUGUCUGACCAAUUUUUAAAAAAUUCUGUAAUGCAAAAAAAAAAAAUUUCGAAAAACCAUGUUUAUAAUUUUUUUAAAAAUUUGGCAUUGCAGAAUUUUUAAAAAAUUGGUCAGAUAGUGUAUUGUACAAUAAGAAAAUGUUUUCUGAAAUAAAAAAUGGGGGUAACCGACCUUUUUUUAAAGUAAAAUGCGUUCAAAGCCAAAAUGUCGGCCAUCUUGAAUCGUCAUUGUUGCCAUAGCAACAGCGGUGACGUCACUUUUCUGACCAAUUUUCGACUGUUUGAUUGUCGCUGUGUAUAUAAUAUACAAAUUUCGAUUUGUAAAGAGCAUCAUCUCUUCAAAAAGGUGAUCUAGUUUACGCAUUUUCAACAUGUCUAUGAACUGUAGCGAGCCACCUUAAUACAUAAGCUUGCCUAAUCUAAACGGCAUACUGAGAUGUGUACUCGAAAAAUCCUCGUUCCCUAAAAUUCUCAACAAAUAAAAAGUUUCUAAACUUCGAAUAAAUCUAAAAAAAAAUAUCACUCAAAAAUCUGCUAAAAAACCUUUCAAAACCUCAAAAAAUGGCAGCAAAAAAUCCCCAAUUCCCUGAAAAGUUGUCAAAAAAUCCCAAGAACCAGAGAUUUAUUUAAUUUUUUUGCAGGGAUUUUUUGAUAAAAAAUCAUCCUGUGGUUCUUUAAAGUAGUCAGAAUGUCCGCAAAAGUAAGCCUCUAUUAUGAAUGUAUAGUAAUUUCAAAUUGUCGUACCAUCUUGUACUACAGGAGACAGAGAGCAGUGCACUGUGAAACAAGUAAAAUUGGACGCAGCCUUAGAAAGAGUUUUGGGUGGUGACUUCGAUGACGAUGGAGAUGUUUUAAAGGACAGUGAGAUUGACAACAAUGACAAGAACGUCAACGAACAAGAGAAAAAUCAUUCAUCGUCAAAGAAAGGUAUUGAAAGAAUUUAAAAUGAUGUCUCUCUGUAUAAAAAUGAUGUUAAUAUACCAAAAGUGGUUUUCGUUUCAGCAUCAGGCAAGCAGAAAGCAGCAUCCACUGCAAGCUUGUCUAAAACACGCGUACAUGCGAAAAUCCACUUGGAGACAAGUGACGAGGAAGAGGAGGAAAGCGUUGUAAAAUCAAAAACAAAUGGUAUGCAGAACUCACUUUCAUUGUAUAGAUACGGUGAAUAUAGGGGCAUUGUUUUGUUGUAUUAGCUAUAGGGGCAUGGUAUAAACCCGUUUUUAAAUACUAUAGAAUAGGGGUCUUUUGGGGUAUGUGGUACCAACAUAGUAUCCGUGAAGUGUAAUAUAAACAGCCUCGUAUCCAGGCGCUAUAAAAGGAAUUGCGCUAGGCGCGCGUGGUGCUUGGGUAACUUGUUUUAUAGCGUCUGGGUACGAGACUGUAAUAUAAAUGUAUACGGCUAGUGUAUUUUGCAUACCCGAUGAUCAUGAUUGGCUCUUGUUAUGCAUACAAUUUUUCUGUAUAUGUAUUUUUAGAUAUUUCAGCAGAACUAACUAAGGAAGCAGAAAGGGUUAGCAGCCUUUUGAAGGUGUCACAACGAAAGGUAUAGACAAUGACUAAUUUUAAGUGCGACUUUCUUUUGAUACAUGAGAACUACUAGUGGAUUAAAUUCGAUUUUAUCUGACACUGCAGAGAAAAACGAAAAAUUCGUUGCCUUGAACGAAAUUUGAACUUCCGUUUCGGGUUUCUACAAAGCCGCUCUACACAUUGAGUUUUCAAGCCAACAGGGAUUUGUACCGUGUAUUAUUAUAUGGCUUUUCAAAAUUCUCUAUUCUGAUUGGUUGACAAGCGGUCCGUAAAAACCCAUAUCCGGACCGUGGUCCGUAUUUUCUGUAUCCGAACCGGUGUCCCGGAUGUCGUUUAUCUGGCGGGAAAUUUUUGCUUUGCAAACAGAAAAAUUUUUGCUUUUUAAAUUUCCAAUUGUGCUUUACAGAUAAAAAUUUCAAACAACCAAAUUGUUUUUGAUUGAGCAUGCAUGCCUACCGUAUAUUGUUACCCAGUGAAACUGACGAUAGCCGAGUUUAAUUUAAUUCGCGCGAAAAGCAUACGCUCACAGACUCAGUUCAGCCAUAUAAUAAAUCGAUUAUUGACCUCGUUUGUUCGGUCUGUACUGUGAAAUAUCAGACCUCUGUUUUUUGCAUGGACCUCACUCCUUCGACGCUCGGUCCAUACUGAAAAACCUCGGUCUGAUAUUUUACAGUACAGACCUCACUAUUAUCCAAUUUAGGUGUACGAAAAAUUUUCGUGACAACUUAACACUUGUCUUUGAGGACGCGCAGUGUUUCAAUUAUAUUUCAGAAUAUCCACAGAGAUAUGAAAAACUAAUUUCAUAUUAUUCUGAUACAGCCGAGAACAAUGAAAAAUUUGUUGUCUCGAGCAGGAUCUGAACUCCCAUCUUCGGGUUUCUAGACCGCCGCUGUACCCAUUGAGCUAUCGAGGCGCCAACGGGGAUUGACCAGGAUCCAUAUCUCUGUGGAUGGUUCUGAUAAAGAAUUGAAACACUGCAUCCUCAUUGAGUUUGACAGGGAUGAAAGAGAUCACUACUCGGUCGGACGACAUAAAAAUGCUGCUUCAGGAGCUUGUUAAUGAGACGAGGUUGAAAAGACCGUUUUCGGAUUCACCGUCGUUUCCAGUUUACACGCCACCAGAGAAGAAGGCCAGAAUGGGAAAUUCCUCCAAUGGAUCAACACCGGUAAAAUAACUUAAAAUAUGUAGUCACUGCCUCUGGUAUUGUUAUUUCCGGUAUACACAGCAAGAAUGCCCAUACAAAAAGAUCCAAUUGGAAUUCGGACCAAGGAGAUUUGUUUCUGACCGAAGUUCAGUGGAUUCAAAAAGAUAAUUUAAAAACUGAUUAGAAUUCCCAAUUCCCAAUUGCUUCCAGUUUGGCUAAUUGGAAACGCCAAUUGGAAUUCCAGUUGGAUUUGUUGUAAAGAAGAUAAAACGAAAGGAACUAACAUGUCCAUAUAUUUCAACUUAAUUGCAGAGAUCAAACGGGUCCCCAAGUGUUGGUGACAAUGCAGAUGCGGCUGAUGAAAUUCAUAAUCAGGAAGAGUUUGUAAGUAUUUUAAUAAGCAAAUUGGGAGAUUAUGGGAUUGCUAAAAUAAUUAUGCAAAAAACUGUAGAAAAAAUAUUUCCCUAAUGAAUCAAUAAAUAAAUCAAAUCAAAUCAAAAGAAGAGGUACAUGUAUUAAUGAAAUCAGUUUAAAAAAGAGGUAUAGUCCGUUAACACAUGUCAGCUUUGUUUACAUUUUCUCUAUCAAAACAAUUUACUUUAUUAAGGGAUUCAACAAAGUCGUGGCAAUUUUAUGCGCGUGCAUUUUAAGCUUUUGAGAAUAACUUAUUGAAUACCAAGUAAUCUUCGAAUUUUUAGAUAGUUGGUGGGGACCUUUUGCUGGAUAUAAAUGCUAAAUUCAAAAAGCCAAAUUUGUAUGCCACAUGCCUGCUAUCGCAUCUCUUCUCUGAAGAAGAAAUGAGAGAGGGUGCACUAGAGCCAGGUGAACACUGCAAGAAAGCUGCGUUAGAUCAAGAAAGGAUAAACAAGAUAAAAAGUAAGUUGUUACAGCACAUUUAUAAGAACAAUGUAACUGUAAAAUCACAUACCGCAUUGCCCAAGAUAAUUAUACUAGUCAGGAUAAUUACGAUCAUAGGAUUUCCUCGUCAAGACUAAUUUAUAAAAUAUAAAGCAACAGUAACUCCGAAAAUAAACAUUUUAAUCGUUCUAGCUUUCGACUAAGAUCCAGUCAUCAUCAGGAAUGAUGCUAGCAUCAUUCCUAGCAUCAUUCCUGAUGAUAUGACUGAAUCUUAGUCGAAAGCUAGAACGAUUAAAAUGUUUAUUUUCGGAGUUACUGUCUGUUGUUUUAUAUUUUAUUAAAAUACUCAGUGGUUCCCGUAACUAAUUUAUAACACAUUAUUUUGUUUGGUAGGAUGUAUAGCCAUUAAAUACGGUGAAAAAUCCUUGGAGAAAAGAGGCUGGCACGAUAUACAAAUCAGCUUGAACCAAAAGUGUUUGGACAAGUUGAAAGCUUGGAAGUGA